UGCUGCUGCAUCUGUGCGCAUGUGCAAAGGUGUCCAAACUGACAAUGUCUGGAGAGAUAGAGCGCUUGGAUUGAGAAUCAGAAGAACUUGGAGAGGAGGAAGUUGCCAAAAAAAAAAGAAAGGAGAGAAGAGAAAGAGAGAGCGAGAAAGAGAAGGAGAGGGGUUAAAGGAAGGAAAGAGUCAAGAAUCCGAAGGAGAGACCCGCGUCGAGGCAGCAUGAGGUCCAAAAGCAGGGCGAGGAAACUGACCACCGGUGAUGAAGGUGACUUCUCCCUUUUCCCCUCCGAUGUCCUGGAGGAAGCCGGGAGAGCUUCUGAAGGAGACCCCAACCCAUUAAUCAACUUAAACAACAUCCACUCUUCAAGUGUAUUAUAUGAAAGAAGCUCUACAGUCGACUCAUCUUGCUUCAAAAACACCUUCCACACAUCUGUGUACCUCGACGAUGAGGAGGCAGCACCAUCGCCAUCCCCAGACUUUGAGUUGCGCGAGUCAAGCGUUUCAGCUGGCAGCAUUGGCGUCUGGAGCAAGAGGAGGCUGGAAGUCGGAGAGGAGUUUGGACCCUUUGAGGGCAAUCGUCGUCGGCAGGGCUGGGAGACGGCUGCGCUCGAUGGGCGUGUGUGUGAUAGCACGAGCUGGCUAAGACACGUCCAGAUCUCGGCGUCUCCCCACCAGUACAACCUCGCAGCUUUUCCGAUACAUGACCAGAUAUCCUACCGUGUGGUGCGCAAAAUUUCCCCAGGUGAAGAAAUUAUACUGUUCAUGAAGGCUGAGGAGUUUUCAUGUGAAGCCAUGGCUCCAGAUAUACAUGAGGAGCGCCAGUUCCGCUGUGAGGACUGCGAGCAGCUUUUCCCAUCGGGAUCGGAGCUGCUGGAGCAUCAGAACCACUCGUGUUCCAACCGGCCUUCGUCCGGCUUCACGCUGCCCGAGCAGGCCAUCCCAAGCGCCACCCACGACGAGUGUAAAGAGUGCGAAAGAGUGUUCCCCGAUGGUCAGAGUCUCGAGGCGCACUCGGAAGAGCGGGAGUACAAAUGCGACCAGUGCCCGAAGGCCUUCAAUUGGAAGUCCAACCUGAUUCGCCACCAGAUGUCGCAUGACAGUGGCAAGCACUACGAAUGUGAAAAUUGCUCCAAGCAGGUGUUUACAGACCCGAGUAACUUGCAGAGGCACAUCCGCUCGCAGCACGUAGGUGCACGGGCGCACGCUUGCCCCGACUGCGGCAAAACCUUUGCCACGUCGUCCGGCCUCAAGCAGCACAAACACAUCCAUUCGUCCGUCAAGCCCUUCAUGUGUAAGUCUCUCACCCCCUUCAUAUGCGAGGUGUGCCACAAGUCCUACACCCAGUUCUCAAACCUGUGCAGGCACAAACGCAUGCAUGCCGACUGUCGGACUCAGAUCAAAUGCAAAGACUGUGGCCAGAUGUUUAGCACCACUUCUUCCCUUAACAAACACCGCCGUUUCUGCGAAGGCAAAAACCAUUUUGCCGCUGCCGCAGGAGGGCUCUUUGGCCCUGGCAUGGCUCUUCCUGGCACUCCUGGAAUGGACAAGUCCACUCUGGGAAUUGGGUCAGGCUCUGCUGGUUUAGCAGAUUAUUUUGGGCCAAAUAGGCACCACGGAGGACUAACAUUUCCAGCAGCAUCUGCAGCAUUCCCUUUCAGUUUUCCAGGACUCUUCCCAUCUGGAUUGUACCACCGGCCAACCCUCAUACCUGCAACAACUCCCAUAAAAUGCCCCCCAGCCUUGGAUUUCCAGAAGAGUCCACCGGUAUCUUCACCUGUGCCUGGGCUGCAAGAGUCUCAGGACUUCCUGAUGAGCCUCCGAAAGCACUCGAUCAAUGGGGAAGGAACAGAAAAUGGGUCAGAGCAUCUAAUAGAAGGCUCCGCCACCAAGGCAAGACAUGGCAUCAAGACAAGUGACAAUUCAGAGAGUAGUGACCUAGAUGAUGUAAGCACACCAAGCGGAAGUGAGCUAGAGAGUACUUCUGGGUCGGAACUGGACAGCGACGUGGAAAGUGACCGGGAUCGUGAAAAUAGGAAAGAACUAAAGAGGAGAUCCAGUAGUCCUACCAUGGGUCAAAGCCCCACCCGUGGCAGUUCCAGCAAUGGCAGUUCUGUCAACAUAAAUGGGACUGACGUGCCUCCACAAGGACUUUUUUCUCCUACUUCAGAUGAGCGCAAUGCUGUUUCUGGAGCCGUCAAUGAUUCCAUCAAGGCCAUUGCAUCCAUUGCAGAGAAAUACUUUGGCUCCACAGGACUGGCAGGGCUACACAAUAAAAAAGGGGACCCACUGGGUUACCCUGCCAUGUUUCCCCUCCCUUUCUUCCCUGCCUUUUCUCCCCCAGUCUAUCCAUUCCAUGAGAGGGAGCAUCUUCGACCUCGAGGCCACAAAGGCGAGUCAGAAAGCCCAUUGCAAGAGAACAAAAAGCCACAAGGCAGUACUGCUGAAUCUCCCUUUGACCUCACAACGAAGCGCAAAGAAGAGUGCCUAACACAGUCCUUUGCCAAAUCAAAGCUAGAUGUGCCACAUAUACUCUCGGCUAAUCAAGACCAACCACUAGACCUGAGUUUGGGUGGACGGGGCAGAAGCACACGCUUUAGAUCAGGGGAGUCACGGAAGAACCACAUAAUUGUAGAAGACAGAAAUGAGACAGAGCCUCCAAAAGCAGACUCCACCAUUCAGCACGCAAGACCCACCCCAUUCUUUAUGGACCCAAUCUACAGCAGGGUUGAAAAGAGAAAAGCGACUGAUCCCUUCGAGGCGCUGAAGGAAAAGUAUAUGCGCCCCGCACCAGGCUUCCUCUUUCACCCACAGCUCCGCAUGCCUGACCAGAGGACCUGGAUGUCUGCGAUAGAAAACAUGGCGGAGAAGUUGGAAGCGUUCGGCCCGCUGAAGUCCGACGCCAGUGACAUCAUGCGCUCUGUUCCCUCCAUGUUUGAUUUCCGAGCUCCGGCUACAACGCUGCCCGAAACACUGCUGCGUAAGGGGAAGGAGCGCUACACCUGCAGAUACUGCGGCAAAAUUUUCCCACGCUCAGCUAACCUCACACGGCAUCUCAGAACACACACAGGGGAGCAGCCAUACAGGUGUAAGUAUUGCGAUCGUUCAUUCAGUAUCUCGUCGAAUCUGCAGCGCCACAUCAGGAAUAUCCACAAUAAAGAGAAACCGUUCAAAUGCCACCUGUGUGAUCGCUGCUUUGGCCAACAGACCAACCUGGACCGGCAUCUCAAAAAACACGAAAACGGCACAGCAAUGUCGUCACCACAGUCAGAGCUGGACAGUAGCAGCGCUAUGCUGGACGAUAAAGAGGACUCGUACUUCAACGAAAUUCGAAAUUUCAUCAGCAGCAGUGGCCAGAGCGCUGUAUCGCCUCCACAUUCUGAUGAAGGUUUAAACGGUGGCCAAUUCGAGGACGACAAAGUCGCAACCCAGUCGACGUCACAUGACCUAGAUGAGGAGGAAGGGGAGGAGCCUGGUGUGGAGGAAGCAGAGGAAGAGGAACCAGAGCUUUGCGACACGAGCAAACCAGACAACGAAGCGACGUCCAGGAACCUGUGCGACGACGUCGCCAACGACGACAUGAACGAUGAGCUGGACUACGACGGCGCCGCCGAUGGACUUCUGGAGUGCAAAUCUUCACCCCAGAGGUUCGACGAGGACGACGAGGACGAAGAGCACGGUGGAUUCCCUGCGCUGGAUCACAUUCGACGCUUCGCCGCCGAAGAGGCAGAGCUCAGUGACGGUGAUGUCGCAGGAUUCGACUCCGCCCACAUGCCUGAAGCUCUGAAACAGCCCCUGUACAGGAAGUCCAAAUCGCAGGCUUACGCCAUGAUGUUGUCUCUGGCCGAUAAAGACCCCCUGCCCCCACCCUCUCACGCCACCUCGGUGUGGCACACGCUCGGACGUGCAACCGAGUCCAGCGCCAUCCAGUCCCUCAGUCACGUAUGAUGACCUUCACGUCUGACCUCUGUGACCUCUAACCCCAACCGCAGGCACUCGCACCAAGCUCGCACUCGCCUCGCUCGCCAUGUACAGCCCACUGCUGAGUAGAGCACUUUGGUCUUCAGAAUACACCAGUAUCAGGGUCCUCGCAACGUUCCAAAAACACUAGUCAUUUCAUGACCUGGCAUUACACAUUCGUUUGAUUUGAUUCUGAUCUAUGUUUUUUUUUAUGAUGGUGAUAUGACAAAGAUGUUGAUGAUGAUGUUGAUGAUAAUGAUGAUGAUGAUGAUGAUGAUGAUGACGAUGAUAAUGCUGCUCAUAGCAGUAACAAAAAGCGUAUUUAUUAUGUCCAGUUUUUAUGUUUUGUACAGCAACGGCAGCUCGUGGACACAUAAAAGUGGAACACUACGAUAGAACAAUUAAAAAAAAAAAUUACAUCCCAUACACACACACACACACACACACACACACACACACACACACACACACACAGAUUGUCAGUCUAUGCUUAUUUGUCUGUCAUUAUCAUAACCUUGUUUUUAAUAUUCGAUUUAUUAUGUAUUUAGACAUUAUUUUGUCUUGAGACAUUACACACACACACACACACACACACACACACACACACACACACACACACACACUGUUACUGAUGACCUUCCUUUUAAACUAGAAUAAUCAACCUUAUUAAAGGGGCGGGGUCACAAACUUGACUGGUGUGUAAAUGUAUUGUAAUAUAUAUAAAUAAAAACAUAGAAUCAAUCAAAUAAAAUAAUAAAAUACAAUACAAUACGAGUCCGAUCGUGUCCGUCAAAGCACUGCAUCUUUAACCUGAACUCCGCCCAUUUUCUCUACACUGUCCAAUGACAGGCAAAAUCACAUUUCUUGAAGAAUAAAUUUAAAAAAAAGAAUUUUUUGGUGAAAGGUUGUAAAAACAUUUUUUAUCAGAAAAAACUUUUUCUGAAAGUUUGUAGAAAGAAUUUUUUUUUUAUUACAUUUUUUUCCUUUAGUCUUGCUCUCUAACAUACUGACGUCACAACGUAGUCUGCGUGCUAGCAGCUAGCUAUUCCGUUUUGGUGUGUUUCAUUUCUAGACAAUCAUGGGUUCAUUGUUUGUGUAAAGGCAUUGUUAUUUUUAUGAUAUUUUUUUUUCUGUUCUUAUUCCUGUGUAUGUCAAAAAAAAAAAAAACCCCGACAUAUUUAUUUUCCACAGUUGGUUUACUGAAUAGCACUGCUCUUGAGCUCCACCUUGUGGUGAAGCCAGAGAACACGAGUAAUGUCUGCGUGCCAGAUAGUAUUAAACUAUUAAACCUUCAAGUCUUUUAAUGAAACGGCUCUAUGAUAUAGUUAUUACUUGUUUUUUUGUUCGUUUUUUUUGGGGGUUGACACAUUUAUGAAUUGUGUACAAUAUAAAAAAGGGGUAAAAUAUAAUAAAGAAGAGCAUAAAAAAAAAUCAAAGAUAUUUCUUCAUAAAAAAAAUGUAAAAAAAAAACGCAUGACUGGUGUCAAACUUUUUUUUCUACAGUUGUGUGCAAGCUUGUGCGAUGUUUGGGUCCCUGUCGAGUCGUCUUGCCAAACUCUAUAAUUAAAAAAAAAAAGGAAAAAAAAAAAGACUUUCUUCGUCUUGACAUGUUGAAGGACCGGAUUGUUUUUUUUGUCGUUGCUGUUGUUGUUGUUGUUGUUUGUGUCAGUUUGUUUGUUGUUUAUUGUUUCUAAUUCCAUUUUGGAGCGUAAUCGGCGAAGUCGAGGUACUUUUUGUUCUGACGCUUUCUACAGUUGUAAGUGUAACGCAUUUCAGCGGAGUAAUGUGGGAGGUGCAACUAAGAAAUAAAGGACUCCAGUGUAGA